AUGUCAGACUGGAGAAUGCAGACGAACAUCAUCCGAGAAAAUACAGAAGAUAAAAACGUGAUGACCCAAUUCCUCCAGGGGAGGGGGCAUAUCCUCGGGUCUGUCCUAGCAGCGUCCGGAGCCCGCGAGGUGAAUUCGACCGACGAUCCCUCAAAGCUGUCUAUCAGGGAUUGGGCUCUGGUCGAGCCCAACAUCAACCGUUCGGCGGGUAAGAACAUGGUGAAAAAGUCCGCCCAAACACCUCUUGAAAGGUUGAUAGCCUUCACAACAACCCCGGCCGAGCCUGCGGAGAUGCUCUUUAAGUUGGCUCGCGCGUCCGGACUGUCAUGCGCACCGUACAGUGGGCUAGAUACCUGCAAGAUCGCUAGCAGAGUGUCCAAUGGGCAGACCGUCUACCUUGAAACGUGGGAACACACUUUCACUCAUGGCAGGGGAAGUGGAAAGUUCGUCUGCAGGCCCGGGGAUUCUGGGUCCCUAGUCUUUAACAAGGACAAGAAAGUGGUCGGGCUUUUCUUCGGGGGGUCAGAUACCCAAGACGUUGGCUAUUUUACUAGCACCCGCGACCUCUUUGAUGAUAUCAAACGCAGCAUCGGCGUCACCAAGAUCCGGCUCCUCGGAGACCAGGGGGAAGGCGAGUACACCCCUUAG